AUGGCCAUUUGCUUUUCUGGGAUCAUCAGUCUUCGAAUUUAUCUUUUCUUCUUCUUUUAUUUUUUUUCAAAUAUUUUGCAGCUAUACUCCAAAAUGUUUUUUUUUUUUCAAAUAUUUUGCAGCUAUACUCCAAAAUUCUUGUUCAUAUUUUCUUUCUUUUUACAUUUUCUAUCUUUUUUUUAUUCCCUUUACACUCUUUCCUUCUUUAUUUUUUCUUUCUUUAUUUCUUUGUCUUUCAUUAUUUCUUUCUUUUUACAUUGUCUUUUUUCACCCGUUCUCUUCUUUUUCCCUUCUUCCUUCCUUCCUUCCUUCCUUCCUUCCUUCCUUCCUUCCUUCCUUCCUUUUCCUUCCUUCCUUCCUCUUUCCUUCCUUCCUUCCUUUUUUCUUUCUUUCUUUCUUUCUUUCGUUAUUUAUUUAUUCAUUUGUCAUACAUUGUCUCUAACGAUUCUUCUAUUUUCUCCUUUCUUUCUUAUGACAUUGUCAUUUUUUUUCAGUUUUAAUUUCUUUUUUUGUACCUUUCUUUCUUUCUUUCUUUCUUUCUUUAUUUGUUAUUACAUUGUCUCUAAUGUUUCUCCCCUUUUAUUCUUUCUUAUUAUAAUUUUUCCUUUUACCUUCGUUCGUUCUUCAAUCCUUUUUCUUCUUUCUCCCUUUCUAUUUUUCUUUCUUUUUUAUUUUAUUGUCUCUAAUUUUUCUUCCAUUUUCUUCUUUCUUUCUCCCUUCGUGCUUAUAAUGGCGCUUAUAUUUCUUCCUUUCUUUUUCUUCUUUCUCUCUUUCCUAUUUUUCCUUACAUUUUUUUUUCUUUUCUCAGUCUUAGUUUCUUCGUCACUUUCUUUAUUUAUAACUGAUUUUUCUUUUAUUUCAGUGGAACGCAAUUACUCCGCCAUUAUGUUUCUCAUUUUUCUUCCAUAG